CAUGUUUGAAUGAAGAUUUUGAAGUGAUUUCUUUCAGACCCAUUUAAAGAUUUCAUAUUAUUAGUUGUGUAUUAGAAUAUGGGUUGAUCGACUAAGCUGAAAUUGCUGAUUUAGUUGGUUGUAUGCAUUUGAUUAUGCAAUGUUUUCCCUAAACAUUUGAAUGAACCCUCAAAAUAGUGAAAUACUAGCAAAAUUUCUUACUUGUACUUGUAGAGUAUUAAAGAUUUUAGGUUAAUCAUUGCUGAUUUAGAACGAUCAAAACGACUGCUCAUUUGGAUUAUGAAGGGUCAAUUACAUUAAGAUAUAGUAUGACACAGUAUAAUUUUAUUCAUAAGUUAUGGUCCUGGAUCGUAGUUGUGACUUGUGAGAUGUUCUUACAAUUGUGAUUGUACAAGUUUGUGUAUGGCCCGUUAUGGGGGUACCUCUGAGGCUGAUGUCUAAGAGAAGUUCUAGUUUUCUUGAGAUUAAAGGUUUUACAUGAUGUCUAGUUGAACUGUUACGCUUUGUGUUACUCAGACUCGGCUACAAGUGUCUUCUCGGAUAUGGGGUUCUGGGACUUGGCCACUUUGUAGUAAAUCGUGUCGUGUCCAACAUGGGUGUGUGAGGAAUUGGACGAGUCGGAGUAUAUGCUUACAUUGGAAUAGAUCUAUGUAUGGGCCUUGUUGCUGAAACUGAGGGAGUAAAAGCCUAAGAGGUAUGGGAGGUCAUGCAGGUUGCAGGAAGAGCUGCAUAUUGUGUUUAUGAUCUUUAUGUCCUUUUGUUUCUUUUGGCAAAAAGGAGUUGGGUUUCUGUCUAGCUUUUCAAAGUACUAGGUACUUAUUUUGAAAAUAUAACAUCGUAUUUUUUUUUGGAUCCAUGAGCAUGUUUAAGGAAUUUUGUUGAAUCUGAAUGCAUCAAAGAAAGAUACAGGAUAUUUAAGGAAGAGUAAAGAAUGUGUCUAGGUUACUGAGGUAAUGAGAGAUGUCAUGAAUCAACUAUGGAACAAGCAUAACCAAGGAGGCCCAAAUGUUAUACUAGCGGAGGAGAGAGGAUUCCGCUUCAUAACUUUUCUUGAAAGGAUGAGGAGUUGGUUGAACUUUCUUGUGCAAAUAUAUGCACUUAACUCAAUCCAAGGCACAUGCUCCUAGAUUUGAUCGAGUACAGCUUCAAUGGAGACCUUAAAGUAAGGUAUAAACUUUGAAAGAAAAGGAAGUGACUGAUAUUGAGGGCUGGAAGAAGAUGCUAAUGAUUAGUUUCAGUGAUGCGAAUUUUGAAUCUAAGAGGUUGUAUAGGUUUCCGACAUGGCGCUGACAGCCUCUAUGUCCUUUCUGUCAUAUACAAAUUGUUGCGAGGGCCUCCAGCAAUACAGGGGCAGAGUUCCAAUUGGAUAUGGGAGUCAGGGAGCAUUAUCAUUGCCAGCCUUGUCUUUCCUCUCUCUACACCAGCGAAAUCACCCAGGUUGUCUCAGAACAACACGACGCUCUCCUGUCGUUUGUGCCCACCAGCCGAAGACUGCAACAGUAACACAGAAGUCAUGGGACAAACUGGUUCUGAAGAAUGAAUCUCCUGUUCUUGUUGAGUUCUAUGCAAGUUGGUGUGGGCCCUGUCAGAUGGUUCACCGAAUAGUCGAUGAAAUUGCCAUGGAUUACAAGGGGAAACUCGAGUGCUUCAUGCUCAACACGGACAAUGAUGAAGUGAUGGCCGAGGAAUAUGAGAUCAGGGCUGUUCCUGUGGUUCUUCUGUUCAAGAACGGAAAGAAACACGGUUCCGUUGUUGGUACCAUGCCAAAGGAAUUCUAUGUGGCUGCCAUUGACAAGAUGUUGGCUUCUUAACUACCUUAGAAUAUGUAAACAUCUUUCUGGUGAAAUUGAUGUAUUCGUUGUAAUGUUGUAGUAUACUUGUCCAUGGGACACUUGGUCAAUUUGUCCAUGCCCAAUUCCUUCAUAUUGUGAAUAUAUACCUCUAGUCUCAGCAUAUUGGUGCUUUGUUCCUUGGCUACAUGAAACUAUAAGUAAUUGAAAGUUGAAACUUGAAA